AUUUGAAAUAAAAAUAUUUUCGUCAAAUCAAACCAAGGGAACCCACUCUCUUUUAUUUUCCAGCAUAGCUUUAUCUAGAGAAAAUUAUGAAAAUCAAACCACUUUACACAACAAUGGCAGUCACUCGACUCAUUCCUGCAGCGAUUCCUGCCACUUUGCCACAACUAACAAUUCCUCUUUCCCGCGCUUCAUUGCAACAGAGAUACAGUGGUGCAACGAGGAAACUCAAUGUUACUGCAAAUUACCCUGUUUGUAUGUCUGCUUCUUGGACUGUUAGUAACCUUUCGAGGAGGAUGUUACUUUUCAUGGGAGCUGUACCUAUCUUGUCUAAUGUAAAUCUUGCUCUCGCUGCACCCAUCCCUCAGAUGGAGGAGCCUGAAAUACUUCGUACCAGGAAGCUUCCAAGUGGAGUAAGAUUUCAAGAUAUUGUUGAUGGAGAGGGAUCAGAAGCCAAUGAAGGGGAUGUUGUAGCAUUUAAUUAUGUUUGUCGGCGAUCAAAUGGGUAUUUUGUUUACAGUACUGUAGAUCAAUUUACUGGAGAAGCCAUGCCUGUUACACUUCCACUGGAUGAGAAGCAGAUCAUAAAAGGUUUGAAGGAUGUAUUGGUUGGCAUGAAAGUUGGAGGGAAGAGAAGGGCUUUGAUUCCGCCAUCAACGGGAUAUGUUAAUGAAAGUUUGAAACCCGUCCCGGAGGAGUUUGGCCCUCGACGUAGUCUUCUGUCUCAUGCGAGCGAGCCCUUGAUUUUUGAGGUGCAGCUUUUGAAAAUAUUGUAAUGCCCUGUAUAUGCUUCGGCUUUCACAUGUUGCUUGGUGUGCACAACAGAUAAGUUAUCAUAUCUUUCUUUUGUAAUAUGAAAUUGGUUUAUCUGAACCUCAUUUCUUGAUUUCUUGAAGCUUUAAUCUAAAUGUGUACAUUCCUUACAA